CCAGUUCAGCUAGGCCACGUUUUUUUCUUCAGGCAAACUAGGGGACUGUCAGGCGCCUGUCUACUCCCUGAUAAACCCAUCACAGUGAUUGAUCUCUUUUGGUCAGUUUCGCUUUGGAGAUCCUCGGUGUCAAGGUGUGUGCAAAUCUAAUAUGCAUUUUCACCAGGAACAAAGCGUGUCGAAUUAUCACAUUUAUGAUGAACAGUUCAUGACCAAUAUGUGGAAACAGGCCGACACAGGAGCCGGGGAAAAAUCUCCAGAAAAAUGUACAGCAGCAUGUUUGGAAUUAUUCCAUGUGUAUUAUUAACAGUUGCUUAUUUGAGUGGUGAUUCAUUUUGUGGUCAUGGGUCACUAAACACAUUGGAUAAACAAUUAUUAAGGAUAUUACAACAUUAUCCUAAUGGUAUCCCUCCGGCGAUUAGUGAGCGCUUACAAAAAGUCAUAGAAUCAAGAGUUCAACCUUCGAACACGAAUGCCACGGAUAUAACAAAAUUAGAGACCAAAAACCGCAAUCAAGUUAUCAGCAACAACACCCUGAGCAUAAGGACAGCUGCAAAACUUCCAAAUGGAUCACCUUCAGGAAAGAGAAGGAAUAAAGUGCCUGACAAUAUUACACAGGCGAGUAGCAAAAAUAGGAAAGAUGCUCCAAGCGAAAACAGAAAUGUUACAAAGGCCCUUGUUGUUAAUAUUAGCAGCGCCAAAAAUGAGAAUAAAAUCAAUGUCGUAAACAACGCUUCGAAGAGGAAUGCUACACCUUUCACAAACAAAACUAAAACGCAUAUCCAAGGAGAAAACAAGGAAAUUCAUGAAACGAAUGCCAUUAAUGUUAUUAUCAACACAAGCGAAAACAGGAAUGUUACAAAGGCCCUUGCUGUUAAUAUUAGCAGUGCAAAGAAUGACAAUAAAAUCAAUGUUGUUAACAACACAUCGAAAGGCAAUUUUACACAGUUAAGAAAAAAAUCUAAAACUCAUAUUCAAGGAGAAAACAAGGAUAUUCAUGUUACGAAUGCCAUUAAUGUGAAUAUCAACAGUACGGAGACUGUCAACAAAGUUAAUAGCAGCAACUUGAAAAUAAAGGCCACAACUACAAGAAACCCAAUGACCACUUAUACAAACCACAACAGCUUAAAAAAUGUUUCGAGAAAGGAUGGCACGAACAAAACUGAUCAUUUAGUUGAAAAUUCUAAAAGGACCAUCAUUAACAACAUUACAAAAACCUCAGACAAUUACGCAUUGAAAGAAGGACACAUAAAAAGCAAGCCUAUUUCUGUUGGCCGUAAACAUCAUAAUACUGACACAAAUGCUACCGCUAAUCGUGUUAUUCAACAAAAACUUCCAGCCACGCGACAAGAAAUCGACGCCAAGAAAAUCACAAAGGAGACAGGUAAAACCAGAUCCAUAACACCUAACCACAUAUCAAAGAAAACCAAGUCCGAAAUAUCGAACCACAAAUCAAAGAAAACAAAAUCAGAGAUAUUUAACCAUAAAGCUAAGGCCACAGUACUGCAACCGCAGACGAAAAUAGAAAAGAACUACGCAAAAACCAGAAGGUCAAAUAUAGGAGUGCGGCCUGAUUUAAGAAAGAUUAAAAUAAGAAACGGUUUAUCAUUGAAAGCCCAUCAUCCAAAGACGACAAAGCACCACCAAUCGCCUAAAGAGCCACGAAAGCAUAUCAAUAUACACCCUAAAACAACUGGACACGCUUACAAGCCUAAAUAUAAGACAACAAAUCCAGGAAAAGGGACACAAAGUCAACAUUUGAAGUUUAAUCGAAACUCUCACUCAAAUCCGUUCUCCAAUCUACACUCGCCACUACCAGAAACGAAUGUGAGGCACGUAAAGACUAGACAAGAAGAAAUGUCAACUAAAAUAUUUUCUUUUAGUUCACCAAGAACUAUUCAUCAAAAUGUGCCCCAGUUACCACAAAAAAUUGUAAAUCCCUUCUUAACCCGCAAUACCAAGAAAAAGUUUUCCUUAACGCCACCAGAGAACCAAUUAAAUCCUUCCCGAAAUUCUAGAAUCACGAAUACACAAAAACACUCUGCUACCAAAACUCCAAAUUCAUGGAAAAGACCUGUUCCUGAAAUUCAAAUGAUGUGGGAAAACAAACCCAUUAAAAAUGGACAAGUUGCACCUCCUACGAACUCUUUAAAUGACCAACGGAACCCAUCGGGUUUCCCAUCCAAUCAUUAUUAUUACGACAGCAUUAACUUUCAAGACACCUUUCAAAUUGAUGGACCGUACCCGCAAUCUAAUCCAACACAAUCAGGUGGUUCACCUCCGAUGUGGAAGCAACAGUCGCAACAAAAUAAAUGGGCGUCUUCUAAUAAAAACAAUCAAAUGCAAUUCCAAAACCAACAGAACAACGAGCGAUUAAAAAUCAGCUUUCAAGGGUCUAACACUUUUGAUAAAUCCAAUGCACCAAUGGAACCAUUUCAGAAUUACCCGGGACAAUACAUCAAUAACAAUGCAAGAUCAUUCGGUAACCAUAAUGCACCCUCGGUUUCGAUGACAGAUGUCACUCCUGGACCAUGGUCGACGAACCAAGAAUCCAUGAAUUUUAAAGCAAAAACACAAUCUGCACCAUUUUCUCCACAACAAAGCGUCGUAUACUCUAAAUUUAAGGAUAACUCCCCUCAACAAGGCGCAACUAAAAACAACCAACAUAGCUCAAAUACCAUUAAUGGGAAGUUAUCUAAGUCAGGUCGCCCCAGCGUUGUCUAUUCGAACUUUGAAACAAAUUCUAAGUCUAACUCUUGGAAUACAAUGAAUCAACAUUCUCAGAAUAACCAAGGUCCUAAUUUUCCUGGAGGAUCGGGCAAUAAUUUAUACACAACCACCAUUUCUCCAUAUUUGUAUCCUUCGCCCUCGCCAUCAAUGUUUGCACCACCAAACAGACAGGGAAAGGAGUCGCUGUCAUAUGUACCAACAUUUACGCAAGAUACAUUGAAAGGAAAACAAAACCUAGCCGGUUGGAAUGCGUUUACUACAACACCAGCGUAUAAAAAACAGAACUCGGUUAUAUAUACUAAAACUCCACAAAAUCCACAGAUGAAUAAAAAGAAUUCUUUUACAGACAUAACCAUUGCUCCCAAUUAUUUAUUUCACCAGGAACAAACAUCACAAUACCCAAUUUUAAAAAGUAAUUCCUUUUUUCAAGGAAACCAGAUGACAAACAACGUACAUAGCAAUCAAGGGAUCGGAAAGAUUUUGCCAUGGUCUUCUACAAUAUCACCUAUUUCACCGACGACACCUAGUACCCUGUUUACACAACAAGGAACUUUGUCCACAAAAAGCCCCGACCAGUGGGUUAUGGCAUAUUCAAAAGACCUUUAUUCAAUGGAUAAAAAUUCUCACAUAAUACAAACUACAAUACCUCCUAUCAUUGCACCACUAAACCAAAGACAACAGUAUCCACCUCAACAGCACCAUCAAUCAAAUUUCAAUGGCUUUGAACAACAACCAAGGAAUAAUUUCCAACAAAAACAAUUUGCAGAGCCAUUUCAGGCGCAACUCAAUCAAAAUUUUCAACAGCAACAGAACACACAAAUACAAGUUAGUAAACAGCCACAACAAACGCAUUUUUAUCAAAACGGUGAAAAUAUGCCGAUAACACCAAUAACAGACCAACAGCAACAACAGCCAGUCUAUGGUAUGCAAAAUAACAAAAUCAACAACCCCCAAGCAAGUCAAUUUAUAUCAUCCGGUCAACAGCAAACCCAAAACCAACACUUCACAAGAGAUCAGAACCAGCAGCAGUUAAUUAUACCACAAAAUAACCAACAGGGGGUUCAAGUGCAAAAUGUGAACUAUUUAGCACACGACCAAAACCCGAAUUUAAAUCAACAACAACAAUUUAAUCCCCAGCAGCAAAGUGAAAAUACACAGAUAAUUAAUCAAAAUCAACAACAAAAUCAACAGCUACAGCAGAAUUUACAACUUAAUGUACAAAACAAAGAACAGCAAUGGACUAAUCAAAAUAAAAACAACCAUCAAUAUCAAAAUCAACAAAAUUCAGCUCAAGGACAGUCUUAUCCAAAUCAACAAGCAAACGGAUAUAAACCAAAUCAACCGUUCAACGUGCAAAAUCAACAAGUAAACGGACAAAUCAAAUAUCAAAAUGCAAACGAUCAAUAUUCAAAUCAACCAGUAAACGGACCUUACUCCAAUCAGCGAGCAAACGGACCCAACACAAAUCAACAAGCAAACGGACCUAACUCCAAUCAGCGAGCAAACGGACCCAACACAAAUCAACAAGCAAACGGACCUUACUCCAAUCAGCGAGCAAACGGACCCAACACAAAUCAACAAGCAAACGGACCUUACUCCAAUCAGCGAGCAAACGGACCCAACACAAAUCAACAAGCAAACGGACCUUACUCCAAUCAGCGAGCAAACGGACCCAACACAAAUCAACAAGCAAACGGACCUAACUCCAAUCAACCAGCAAACAGACAAUACUCAAAUCAACAAGCAAACGAUCCAUACUCAAAUCAGUAUGCAAAUGGACCAUACCCAAAUCAACAUGCAAAUGGGCCAAACUCAAAACCAGCAAACGGACCACACUCGAGUCAGCAAACAAACGGACCAUACCCAGAUCAACGUGCAAAUGGGAAGUAUUUAGAUCAACAACCAAAUAGACCUAAUUCAAAUCAACCAGCAAACGGACCAUACUCAAAUCAACCACCGAACGGCCCAUACCAAAAUCAGCAAGCAAACGGACCAUAUCCAAACCAACCCACAAAUGGAUCAAACUCAAAACAACAAGCAUUAGAGCCUAACUAUAACCAACCAGCAAGCGGACAAUACUCAAAUCCACAAGCAAAGGGACCAUACCCAAAACAACAAGCAAAUGUGCCAAACUCAAACCAACAAGCAAACGGAGCAAACUCUAAUCAACCAGCAAACGGGCCAUACCCAAAUCAACGAGCAAACGGGCCUAACUAUAACCAACAAGCAAACGGGCCAUACCCAAACCAACAAACAAACGGAGCAAACUCAAAUCAACCAGUAAACGGGCCAUAUUCAAAUCAACAAGCAAACGGACCAUACCCUAAUCAACAAGCAAAUGUGCCAAAAUCAAACCAACAAGCAAACGGAGCAAACUCAAAUCAACCAGCAAACGGGCCAUACCCAAAUCAACAAGCCAUGAAACCAAACCAAAACCAACAAGCCAAUGGUCCAACAUCAAACCAACAAGUAAAUGAACCAAACCAAAAUCAACAAAUAAACUCACAAAACACAAAUCAACAAGGAAACAGAUCAAUCACAACUCAACAAACCAAAGGGCAAAACUCUGAUCAAAAAGCAAACGGGCCAAAUCCAAAUCAACCAGCAAAUGGACCAUACUCAAAUCAACAAGCAAACGGACCAAACUUAAAUCAACAAGCAAACAGACCAAACCUAUAUCAACCAGCAAAUGGACCAUACUCAAAUCAACAAGCAAACGGACCAAACUUAAAUCAACAAGCAAACAGACCAAACCUAUAUCAACAAGCAAACGGACAAAACUUUAAUCAACAGGCCAACGGAAUAUUACCAAAUCAACAAGCCAACGGAUCAUACCCAAAUCAAUAUGCCAACGGCCCAUACCAGAAACAACAAACAAACGGAGCUUACCCAAAUCAACCAGGAAACGGACAAAACGCAAAUCAACAAUUAUUUGGACCAUACCAAAAUCAACAAACAAAUGCUCGAUAUCCAAAUCAACAGCCGAACGGACAGAAUUCGUUUAAGCAACCAACCGGACCAUAUCGAAAUCAACUACCUAACGGACCAUUCGGCCAGCAACCAAACGCGUUUGGCAAUCAAAAUCAACAACAAAACUCUCCUAACAACCAAAUACAGCCAAGACAACCUUUACAGCAGCAACGAUUUCCGCUACAGCAAAGACCUCAGUAUCAACAGCCACAAAAGAACGGCAACAACAACAGAAACAUGAAAAUCUUCACGGUUAAUCAAAAUAAAAGACGCCAACGGCAAUUGAGAAUCCCUGCACCGGCUUACUUGACCUUUGGUGUUUAUUACCCGGACGGGUCAACAACAGAGGAAGAGCACCAGCUAGCUGGGAAACAUGUGCACACCAUCACGAGAUACAAUGCAGACAAAGUGGACCACAUUUCAGACUAUUUGACCAUGGAUCACACAUGGAACACCUUAGGCUUGGUGUCACAAGGAAAUAACCAAGACACGUGCUAUGUUGGAAAGCUACAAAAUGACAUCAUGAAAUCUUAUGAAAUUAUCGUGAACAAGACAAGGUUCUCAGAUAUUCCGUUUAUCGAAGCAAACGACAAAGACAUUUUGUACAAUAAUGUGAGACCAAUCGACUACAAUCAGGCGGUCAAUGAAGUGGGUCAGUUCGUGGCCGACUCCUGUGGACACAGAGCCAACAUAUUCCUGGUGACAAGAUCCCGCCACAGGCAGUUUAUGGCCGGAAGAACAGUUAUUCCACCCACAGCAUGCGCAUAUGGGCCUCCCCAACACAGCAUGAAAAAGACUUUGGUUAAAUGUUAUAAUGGAUCUUGUCAAGGAAAUUUUAAAUGCAACGUCGAAUAUGACGUUUGUUGUCCUAAACGACCUAAUGGGAUAAAAUGUCGGAAGAUGUCAAUUGGGAACUUUUGUGUGAUUCAUCCUCAGUAUGGUUAUUAUGCUGGAUGAAAAGUUGUUGCUCUUAAUGGUGUCCACAACGGCUGUCUCAUAACAUCCGAUGUUCCAGAAAAAAAGUCCCUUAUGUCUUCAAGGAGCGGGUUGCCGUGUAAGGCAACGUAGUAAUGUUACGUGUGUGCCAAAGUCCGAGCGAACUUGUGAGAAUCUUUUACUACUUUGUGUAUAUAAAUCUACAACAUGACUUUAAUGUUCUGUGAAUGUGUUGUGUUGUAUAGGAAUAUUAAUAAAAAAGGUUGUCAUUAUGU